AGCGCGCACCAGUGGCAGAGCCUGGCUGGUGGCUGCACAGUUCUCGGUUUAGAGGGGGCACAGCUUCUGGAUGCUAAAGACCUGACGCCGGUAAACGAUAGCCGGUGACCCCUCCUGCCCACUCCGCUGGACCCCGGCGGACUGCUGUGGUGAAAAUGACCGGGACUCUCAGGAUAAGCGUGUGGCUCGUGCUCGCCGUGGUCCAGGUAUCGCUCGUGACAUGCCAGGAUGCUCCUAAGACCGAGGACAAAAACAGCUGUAUAGAGGAAGGUGUGACGUAUUUGGACAACGACAUCUGGAAGCCGGAGCCAUGCAGACUGUGUGUGUGUGAUAAGGGCCGGGUCAUCUGUGAGGAGAUCCGCUGUGAGGAGCUGAUGGGCUGUGAGCAGCUCACCAUUCCAGAGGGAGAGUGCUGCCCCGUGUGUGAGAAAUUCGCCAGUGCUCGGGGACGCAUUGAGAUACUAGCGUUCAAGGGUCAAAAGGGAGAACCAGGUGAUAUUCCUUAUAUUGUGGGUGUUCCUGGUCGACCUGGACCAAUGGGCCCCCCAGGGCCAGAAGGACGUCUGGGCUAUCAAGGCAUUAAAGGAAGAAAAGGUGUGGCAGGUCCUCCUGGUUUUGAUGGGGAACCAGGUAUACCAGGAAAACCAGGUGAAUCUGGUCCCGCAGGACAGGCUUUAUUGCCAGGGGGUCAGUUUCCCUCUCAGAUGGCCUCAGGAUUCCAUGAUAGCAAGUUGGGGAUGGCAGGAUUAGUCUCAGGAUCUCCGGGUGAACCAGGACCAAGAGGACAUCCAGGACCAGCAGGUCCACCAGGCCCUACUGGAGCACAGGGAGCCCCAGGAGAUGCGGGUGAUCCUGGAUCUAUGGGUUCUCAUGGUCCAAGGGGCCCAGACGGUCCUUCUGGAAAGCCUGGUCUGGAUGGUGAACCUGGACCUUCAGGAAAGGUUGGAGAAGUUGGAUUUCCAGGCUCUCCUGGUCCCAGAGGAUUUCCAGGAUUACCAGGUCAACCAGGAAUGAAAGGCAGCAGGGGACACCCUGGCUCAACGGGCCCAAAAGGAGAGCCAGGUGCUGUUGGGUCGAAGGGUGGAUCAGGUGUGCCUGGGUCAAUGGGGCUUGUUGGUGAACGGGGUCCACCUGGGAUGCCUGGAGAGAGGGGUCGGAUCGGCCCUACUGGACCUGUGGGAAGACGCGGAAUUGCAGGAAAUGUUGGGAAACCAGGUCCAUUGGGCCCCAUCGGAAUCACAGGAGCUCCAGGUUUUCCAGGAGGCCCAGGAGCGAAGGGUCAGGCAGGAGCAACAGGCCCCCGAGGCACCAGUGGGCCACAGGGCCCCAGAGGAGAAGCAGGACGUCAAGGCUUGCCUGGAGCUCGAGGCAACCAGGGACCAGCAGGUACGGAUGGUGCUCCUGGACCCAAAGGGCCAUCAGGGAUACCCGGCGUGCAGGGUCCAGUCGGACUGAUCGGUCAGCCUGGCCCACCUGGACAACAGGGAACUACUGGACCUGUUGGGAUCAAAGGUCAAGUGGGUGACGUGGGCUCCCCUGGGUUCAAAGGAGAGCCUGGACUAAAAGGAGAAUCUGGAUCACCUGGGGCUCAAGGAGAGAUGGGUCCUAUGGGAGAGGAAGGGAAACGGGGUCCGAGAGGAGAUACAGGAGCUUUGGGGCCACCUGGACCUGCUGGAGAGAGAGGUGCUCCAGGUAAUCGUGGCUUCCCAGGUGCUGAUGGGCUACCUGGACCUAAGGGUGCACAAGGUGAACGUGGCCUUUCAGGCUCUUCAGGGCCUAAAGGUGCUGAUGGGGAUCCAGGUCGCCCUGGGGAAGCAGGCAUUCCAGGUGCAAGGGGUCUGACGGGUGUUCCUGGACUCGUAGGACCGGAAGGAAAAAUUGGACCUCAGGGAGCCCCUGGAGAUGAUGGUCAUCCUGGUCCUGCUGGGUCCACUGGUGUCAGAGGGCUAGCGGGGUCCAUGGGUCUCCCUGGUCCAAAAGGCUUCAGUGGUGAUCCAGGAAAAGCAGGAGAGGUUGGAUCCCCUGGAGUUCCAGGACAGAGAGGAGCCAACGGGAAAGAUGGAGAGGAAGGGCCUGCUGGAGCUGCUGGACCACCUGGUACACCAGGGAAGAGAGGAGAGCAGGGUCCUCCUGGUCUGACAGGCUUUCAGGGUUUACCAGGACCCGCGGGCCCACCUGGAGAGCCAGGAAAACCAGGUGAUGAGGGAGUCCACGGUGAAGCAGGUUCUGCUGGUCAGACUGGUCCAAGAGGUGAGCGGGGGACCCCAGGAGAGAGAGGAGAACCAGGGCCACAUGGCUUACUUGGGCCAAAGGGAAGUCCAGGAACACCUGGCCCUGAUGGACCUAAGGGUAGCCCAGGACCAGCAGGGACAAUAGGUGAGCCAGGCCCUCCUGGACUACAGGGAAUGCCUGGAGAGCGAGGGAUCCCAGGACCUGCUGGACCUAAAGGAGAACGUGGUACAAUAGGUGAAAAGGGAGCUGAGGGAACUGCUGGCAACGAUGGUGCUCGAGGUCUACCUGGACCCCUUGGACCCCCUGGGCCUGCUGGACCAGCUGGAGAAAAGGGAGAGGCAGGCCCCAGAGGGCCCCCUGGACCACGAGGUUCCAGAGCAUCAGCUGGUUCUCCUGGUGAGCCUGGUCCAACUGGCUCUGCUGGUUUUGCUGGGCCUCCUGGUCCUGAUGGUCAGCCGGGUGUGAAAGGUGAGACAGGAGAGCCUGGUGCAAAGGGUGAUGCGGGGUCUCCAGGCCCUCAGGGAACGGCAGGAAAACCUGGGCCUCAGGGUGCAGUUGGUGUAGCUGGGCUGAAAGGAGGCAGAGGAACUCAGGGGGCUGCCGGCCCCAGUGGCUUCCCAGGAUCUCCAGGAGGAGUAGGCCCACCAGGCUCUGCUGGUCCUACUGGAGAGCCUGGUCCACAAGGUGCCUCAGGAAAAAAGGGUCCACAUGGACUGGUAGGAGAUCCAGGGGCUCCUGGACGUCAAGGAGAGCGUGGUAACCCCGGACCUGCUGGAAGCCCUGGAGAUAAGGGGGACUCUGGAGAAGACGGACCACCGGGUCCUGAUGGGCCUUCAGGACCUGCAGGAACUUCAGGGCAGAGAGGGCUGGUGGGUCUACCCGGCUUGAGAGGAGAGCGUGGAAUGUUGGGCCUCCCUGGACCUGCUGGUGCACCUGGAAAGCCGGGUACCAAAGGCCCUCAGGGAGGUAAAGGUGCUGCAGGCCCUGUUGGACCACCUGGGUCAAAUGGACCUCGAGGAGAUCCUGGCCCAGAGGGUCUUGCAGGACAAGAUGGGCUUCAUGGUGCUGAUGGUACCAUUGGAGUCAGAGGGGACAGGGGAGACCCAGGACCUGAGGGUCUGGCAGGACCACAGGGUUCCCCAGGAACACCAGGACCAGUAGGAACAUCUGGAGGUCCAGGAUUAAGAGGACAACAGGGUUCAAGAGGCCCACCUGGACCAGCUGGCCAGCCAGGCAUUAGAGGCCAAAAGGGACCUCAAGGACCUUUGGGAGAUAAAGGUGACAAAGGAGAUGCUGGUGAGAGAGGUCAGAAAGGUCACCGUGGCUUCACUGGACUGCAAGGCCUACCAGGAACAACAGGCGCUACAGGAGAUGCAGGUGCGAGAGGAAUCACCGGACCAAGUGGACAAAGAGGAAUUCCAGGGCCUGUUGGACCUCCUGGUAAAGAAGGUAACAUGGGUUUCCCUGGAGCAAUAGGACCACCUGGACCUCGGGGCAUUCCUGGAGACAUUGGACCAGAGGGUCCUACAGGAGAACCUGGCCCUCCCGGCCCUCCCGGUUCCCCUGGCCCCCCCACUGCUGCCGUAGAUGACCUUUUCGGUACGACGCUCGACUACGACGGCGAUUCUGAACCUGAGGCCCCACCCCCUCCAGAGUUUAACGAGGACGAGGCAAGGCCUAAUAACAGCUCGGCUGUAGUUGAGAUGGAUAGUGGGUUCCAUGCUUCGCUGAAGACUCUUGGAAGCCAUCUGGACAACAUGCGCAGCCCCGACGGCAGCCGUCAGAACCCGGCACGCACCUGCCAGGACCUGAAGCAGUGUUACCCACUCAAGAAAAGCGGUGAGUACUGGGUGGACCCUAACGAGGGCAGCGCAAAGGAUGCCAUCCAAGUUUACUGUAACAUGAAGUCCGGCGAGACGUGCAUCUCCGCCACCCCGUCCAGCAUCCCCCGCAAGAACUGGUGGGGUUCACGCUCUAGCAUGCCUAAACCUGUGUGGUAUGGAGCCACUAUGAACAGAGGGAUGAAGUUUACCUACGGCAGCAAAGAGGCUUUACCCAACACGGUGUCUAUUCAGCUGAGGUUCCUGCGUCUCCACUCUAAAGAAGCAGUUCAGACUCUCACUUACCACUGCAAGAACAGUGUGGCCUACAAGGAUGAGAAGAACAGCAACUUGAAGAAAGCUGCUGUAUUAAAGUCUGCAGACGGGCUGGAAAUCAAAGCGCAUGGCAGCAACCAGCUCAAGUACACGGUCACUGAGGACAGCUGCUCGAAAUCCAACGGUGAGUGGGGUAAGACUGUAUUUGAGUACCGCACGCAGAAACCGUCCAGACUCCCCAUAGUGGACAUCGCUCCAGUGGACGUGGGCGGCGCAGAUCAGGAGUUUGGCAUCGACAUCGGCCCAGUAUGCUUCUCAUGAAGCCUGUAAAGAAACGGCUCUGUGAACCUGCCGCUACCCUGCGGAUUCUGUACAGCAAGCUAAAAAGAACCAGCGCUAGGACUUCAGCUCUAUAACACAGUAUUUAUUAUGGAAGACAGUUCAGAAGUGCCUUGACCAGCAUGUUGAGCCGCAACAGUAUUUUUCCCCCCUUUUCUUCUUUAUUAAGGAAUUCCACUAGCUUGGGGUCUAUGAACAUAUGAGAGACUGUGUGGACUUUAAUUUAUGUCUUGAUCAUUACCCAUAUGCCCCUUGCACUGCUGUGUAAUAGCAAUAAAAUAAGUAUCAUUUUGAAUUGAAGACGUACAGAUGGGUGAUGGGUAACGUUUUCAUGUCAGGGCAGUAGUUACUCCCUGUUUUGAUGUUAGAUGUUUUGAUGUUGCUUUUAUCAUGUUGAACAAAUUCCAGUGUUAGUUGAGGUGCUACAUAAAGGUGCUACAUAGACUAAUAUAUGGAUAAAAGUGAAUGCAAACGAUUUUUAUUGCGUUCCUAUGCAGAUUUAUUGACUCCCAAGUGACUCCCCCAACCCUCGUCUGUGACCCACUCUUUUUUUGCUGAAUUGAAAAACAGAACUGCAAAUUUGGACCAUUGUGUA